AUGGCUUUAAUUAAACAAAAUGACUGUUUCUAUCUCUGUGACUCACAUGCCAGAGACUAUAUGGGCAUGCCUUGUGAAAAUGGCACUGCAGUUGUUAUGAAGUUUGAUGAUAUCUCUUGUCUAGAACAACACCUAUAUUCUUUGUCAGUAGAACUACAUUCCAAUUUAUUUGAACUUGUCCCUGUUCAAUUAAUUGAUGUUGAGUCUGAAAAUGAGAAACCUCAAAGAAACAGAAAAAGAAAGCUUGCAUUGGAAAGUGAUUGCAAAACAAACAAAGAAGACCUGACAAAAUUAAAAAAUUAUGAGUCAAAAAGAAAAAUGUUAUUCAGAGAAAAAGACUGUGACAAGCAGAAAGGACUUGCCAAAGCUAAUAAUUAUGAGAGAGAAAAAAAUUAG